ACUACACUGCCCUUCCUGCCACACUAAUCCAUAAAUCACAUUACAAUAAGAAGGGAAACUGGAUAAAUUCUACAGCAACAACACAUUGAAAGGCAUGCGCGCAGGAUCGUGUUUUUAUCCUGAGAUUGAAGAGCUGCGUUCAGAUUGGUCAAGAGUAAUAUUCUGUUCAAGAAUAUGAAGGAACAAAAUUCAGAUCAACUAAUGUUUGAUUUUGUAGCACUCUGUCGGGAAGAUUUGGAACCACUAUGUCAAAAUUGGUUUGAAGAACUAACUUUGUCAGCUUGUUCUGGCCAGUUUAAACAACCUGGAGCUGAUGUCCAUAUUGCUACAUCUGGUCACAAUAAUGAUUACUUCAAAACACCAUGGCAGAAACAGAAUUUACAUAGUCAACUAGAAUGCACUCCAUUAAUCUUCAGUGGUUUCCCUUUAAUAACUUCUUCUGUAUGCACAUCUGAUCAAAGGAAUGAAAAAAGUAAGCUGAAACCAGAAAAUAGUUCUGCUUUGAUACAAAGAGCUGCACCUCCAAAUAAGGGAAGCCAUCAUAAAACCUCAAGUCCUGUCUUUGAUGUUUCUAUAAUGAAAAGCCCUGCCGUAUUGAACAGUACUUGCAGGACUCCACAGCAUAUCCAUGUCACUCAAGAUGAUAGAAGUUCGUUUUUCAGUCCUCCAGCAGCAAAUAAGGUCAUGUCAGAACAGAUUUUAGAAAGCCUUGGAGCUGAAAUGGAUCCAGACAUGUCUUGGACUAGUUCAUUAGCAACUCCUCCAUCAUUAACUCCAACUGUUAUUAUUUGUAAAGCCAAGGAAAGUGAAUUGCUUCAAGACAAGGUUAAAGAAGUACAAGUGCCUUUGUUUUUACACAGUAACUUAAACAAGGAGUGUAAUGCAUUUGGUUUUGGACAACGCAUGCUACCUGUAAUUGGGGAGGAGGAAAAUGAAGAAAUUGAAGAGGUUGAUCAGAGUUGUAGUCUCGCCAUUUUCAGAAAAAAUGAAGAUGGUGCUUCUCCUGAAAAUAUUUUGUGCAUUGAUUUCAAUGAGACCAGUGGGAAACAUGGUGCGGAAGCAAAACAAAGUUUACAAGAUGGAAAUCUGCUUUUGGACAGAUCUGGCAAAAUAGAAGAUGACGCAACAUAUCAGUAUCUUAAAGAUGAAGCUGUUGAUAAGCUAUCAUGUGCUUUUAAUAAUGACAGUUGUUGGGAUAAUUUUGUGACGCCAUUGAACAGAAGGCCUUCUCAAAACAAGAAGCGUAGAAUCUUCACCACAGCUUGUCAUACAGUGGCUAAAAGGUUAAGCAUGGAAUCUGAAAUGAUGAUGUCUAAUAGUUUUGUACAUGGUAAAGAUGCAGAAGAGAAGCGUGCACCUGCAGUUAUUAAUUAUGUUCAAGCAGAGAAGGUGAAUGUGUCUGACAAUACUGUUAAACAGCAUAAUGAGAAAUCCUGUUUUGAACCUUUAGCUGAUGAAAAACAAAGUUCUGUGCAUCAUGAUGUCGGUGAAAUCAAAUUUAAAGACAAUAAUUCUCUUGGUCAUCUUGACAAUACGUGUAUUACACCGUUUUCUGACCAGUUAUCAACCAAUGUAAUAACCAGCACUUCAGUUAUAAUUCACACACUGUCAUCUCAUCCUUCCUGCAGGGUUUUACGUAAAACAGAACAAUUUUGCUCCGAUUCUGAAAAUUGUAACAGAACUUUGAAGAAUCAAUCUAGUGUGUCUGAACUUCAAAUAAAACCAAAUAUAGAAACAGUAUCAAUUUGUUUGAGCCAAGAGCGACAUUUUGAGAGAAAUCUUGUUGUGGAAAAGGAGUUGUUGAGUGCAAAUCAAAAAUCUGACUUGCAUAAUUUAUUAGGAAGUGAAAAGGGCAAGUGCUCUGAAACAAAUCUUGGCAUUCAGAAUAGAAAAAUUGCAGUGUUGGCAUCCACCUUGAAGACUAGAAAAUUGAAAGCUGCCAUCAGUGAUGCAUUCUUGGUUUCUUCAACUGUAUUGCCUGAAUAUGAACUAUAUUGCAAAGACAACAUACCUACAAAAGCCAGGAAAGUACAACACAAUUUGUCCAGUUCUGCUCUAUGUGGUCUUGGAAUGCAUUGGAGCAAAUCAUCUGAGUCAACAAGUAAUUUGCACAACAAAACAAGAACAGAUCUUCCUGCAUCUGUUACCAAAACAGAAUUGCAUAAGCUAGCUGAAAUAACCCUGUCUUCACACAACAUUGAACCAUAUAAAGAAGAGAACACUGAUAGAACAGAAUUGAAAUAUGGAGGUCCAGGAACAGAUUUAAAUUCUGUAAUAAAGAAGGAAAUUUGUGCAGUUUUGGAAAGCACCAAGAACCUGAUAUCUGAACCUUAUAAUUAUGGAUCUUCCAAUAGAGAUCUUUCUGAGCAUUGCACAAAUUUGCCUACAGAAAGCUCCUCUCAAGAGAAAUUAUGCAAAAAGAUUAAAAAUGACAAUCUAGAAGCAAAUUCUGCACAGGCAGCCAUCCUUAAGUUAGUCACUUCAAGAAAUACAUUUGAGGAUCAAGAAGGUGAUUGUCCAAUCUCCUCAAUUAAUCCAGAAAUUAAAACCAAGUCUCCUGAGUCCCAGAUUAGCAUGGAAGUGGUAAAUCAGUCAUCAUCAACUUUGACAAAAAUGCACACUUUUGAUUCCUCUGUACCUUUAGCACAGAAAAAUCUGGAUGGCGACUACAAAUAUUUGACAGCUAGUCAAGCAGAAGAUGUGAGCAAACUUUUCACUAUGUUGGAGGACACCAAUAGCCAAUUUGAAUUUACACAAUCUGGAAAGGAGUCUGCAGUCAGUGAUGUGGACAAGAGUACCCACUUGCUCAUUGAGCAAUUAGAGUGUACUCAUCCAUCUGCUUUGGAUAAGAGACAGGACAUCAAUUCUGAUGUUAAUUCUUCAAUAAAAUUGAAUAAUAAGCUUUGUAACUCACAACCACUUACAAAGUUUUCAGAAACCCUGAUUAGUUCUGAAAUCUAUCAGCAGACCACAGAAGAAAUGGACAAAACCAUACCAAAUACACUUAUUGCUUCCUUUGGCUUUAUCAGUAAAAAUAAAGAAAUUACAGCUUUUACAGUACCAAAAUUGUACAUAAACUCAUUGGACAGUGUUAAAAUACAUACAGACACAAUGCUUAAUAGUGUAAAUCCACCUCUGAAAGAUAAAGUGAGUUUUAAAGGGGACCAAGGAGGUUUUUGUACAGCAAGUGGAAGUGUGAUCAAGCCCUCUGCUGAGAGUUUGAAAAAAGCAGAAAAUAUUUUCAGGGAUAUUGGCAAUGACUUUGAUAAAACUAGUGAUCAAGUACUUGCAACUGAUGCUUUAAGUUACUUAUUAAGCAAUUCUGUUUGUGGGUCUAAAGAGAUAACUGAAGAUUGUUUAGGUGAUAUAGAGGCUGUAAAAAGAAGUGAGUCAAAUCUGCUGCAUCCAGCUCUCUUCAAUUUAAGCAGUAAAAAUAGUCAGGAUAACAUCUUGCAAAAUGAGAAGAUUGUGAAUAGUGAUAGAAAAGAUGAUUUUCAGAUAGAUGGCACCAGGUCUGCCAACAUACUGGAAGAUGCUUCUCUACAAGAAACAAUGUAUUUAUCCACUGAGCACAAUGUCUUGGAAAAGUCUGAUAGCAUAGAUGUUGUGAAACUUGGUAGAAUGAAAAAUACAGCUUGGAGAAAGUAUAUCCAUCAAUCUGAUUGUGGUAGUGCAACUGAAAAUGGGCAUAUGGAAUUUGGUAGGAAGAUAGAAUUUUCUGAUGAUCACUUAUUAUCCAGACCUUCUGCUAGCCACAUUAGGUCUUCAGAUGAAGCUAUAAAUACUGAGGAGAGUAAUGAUCUUGCACGUUUCCAGAUUGCAAAUGGUAGGGGAGUCGGUGUCCCCAAAACAGACCUGCUUAAGACCAAAGACUGCUGCAAUGAAAAUUUGCAAAAGCCCAAGCUGCCUAUAGGAAUAGAAAAGAAUGCCUCUCAACAACUUAAUAAGCGGAUGAAUGCUUCUCAAAUUCAUUUAGGAAAAAUUGAUGCAGAGGAGCAAUUAUGUGAUCAAAAACAAACUUGUCAGGCUAUACCAAAUCAUUUGGUUUCUGCUGCAUUUAUAGCUCCAAAUGAUGAAAACUCUGAACCCUGUAACUCACUUAGAAAUAGAGAAGAAUUAAUUCUAACUAAUACACCGUUUACUGCAAGAGAAACUGCAAUAAAAGGAUUCCAAACGGCUAGUGGCAAGAUGGUUAAUGUCUGCAAAGCGUCUCUUGAUAAAGCCAAAGCUCUAUUUGCUGAGAAGGAUCUUUUGGAUGAAGCAAAACAUACUAUGAAAAAUAUUUCAUCAGAAUCUCUUCAUGCAAGUAAUAGCACUACAUUGAUUCAGAAUGCUAUUAAAAGUGGAACAGUGAAACAACUGAAAGAUAAUCACAGUCAUGUGAAUUCUAAAAGUCCUAGAAGGUUGCAUGAUUUUUCUAAUCAAAGUGAGCAUAUAUUUGAUGAUUUGGAUCUAGAUACUGAUAUAGAAAUGAAAGGUUUCCAAAUGGCUAGUGGUAAACAAGUCAGUGUAUCAAAGGCAGCUUUAAAUAAGGGAAAAGCAUUAUUUCUUGAUGAUGUUUGCAAUAGAUUUACAAUUCAACAUAGUUUUAUGUCACCUGAAACAUUUAAAAAUGCAUCUUCCAAGGGCAGUGCUUUAAAUGACAACAUUUUGGGGGCUAAGCCUCCACCACAUAGGUUAGACAAGAUGAAUCAAGUGAAUAGUCUUCUACCUAAACAGUGUUUAGCAUAUUGUGCUUCAAAUGGUAGCAGUAUAUCUGUAGGUGAAGCAAACUUGAAAUAUGCAGAGGAGAAAUAUGUGGAAAGUGAAUCUGGAGAAAGCAAAGUUUUAAUUCCAAGUACCAGUGUUAAUAACCAAGGUAAUUUUACUGGUGAUACUGUGUUUGAGCUUCCUCAACAGUUUCUAAAAAGAGGAUCAACUGCCUUCAGCACAGCAAGUGGUAAAUCUGUUCAAGUUUCAGAAGAAUCUUUAAAAAAAUGUAAGCAAAUUUUUGCUGAAGUAGCAGUCAGUGAGGAUGACUUUAAGAUGUUCAGUGAUAAAGUUGUGAAGUCCAAGGGGAGGAAGCAUUCAGAUAGCUCCUGUACAAAGGCAUCACUUGGUUUCACCACAGCAAGUGGGAAACCAGUUUUAGUUUCUGAUGUUGCUCUUCAGAAAGUUAAAUGUAUGUUAAAAGAAUUUGAAAUGAAUGAUAGUUCUCCAAGUAGCCCAAAGUCUGCAAAAAGUCCACCUUUUGAUAAAGCUCAGCAAUUACAAUCAUCAGCUACCUCCUCGCUGUUUUCUGAUGCUAUUGUGAACAAUGAACAUCAAGAUAAGGGAGCUGCAGAGUUAACUCACAAAAUAUUGGAUGACUGUCCAGAGAGGACUGCAAACAUGCCAAAUUCUGACCAAGUAGAAUUAGACAAAAAGAAAAUCAAUGAUCUUGAGGUUAAUAGGCCUCCAAGAAAUUUGUCUACAUAUUUUUCAAAUACUUGUGUGCUUAUGUCGGGAUUUCAAACAGCUAAGGGUAAGGAAGUAAUGGUAGAAGAAAACAGUUUAACUAUGGCAAGAAUUCAAUUGGCUUCAAAUAAAAAUGAUAAACUGAGCCAUACUGCUGAGAGAUCUAAUACCCUUGCAGAAGGAAGAAUUAAUCCAGUUUGCAGUGCAAAUCAUGCUUCUACAUCUGUUCUGUGUGAAUUGAAAAGUAAUUAUGACGCACAUCCCAAAGUACCAGAAGAAACUGUGAAGAGUUCCAAGGCGGCAAUGGACCACAAUGAACAUUUGGAUUUUAUGUCAGGCAUGCCAUUCAGAGGCACCCAUGCUUUCACAGAUCAAAUCAUUGGACCUGAUUUAAGAACAGGGAAGAGAUCACGAUUGGAGGAAAAAUUUACAAAAGAGGAGCCUCUAUCAAAAAGACAACUAUUAUCUAAAUUUGACAACACUUUGCAGAGUGAUCACAGGUCUACUUUCAAACCCUUAAAAUGCAACCCUGAAGAAGCGCUUUGUGAUCGAAGGAAAUUCAUGUACAAUAUUCCACUUAAGACUGUUAUUUAUUCUCCAUCAAAAGUCAAAAGUCUUUCAAACAAUAGUCAUCAAAUGAUUUCUCCUAACAUCACAAUCCCUAUCCAUGAAAAUUCAGUACGACAAGAUCAACAUCUUCAUUGUGAUGUUAAGUCAUCGAAAGGACAAAUUGCAGUAUUUAAACCUCCAUUUCAUAGUCACUCUAGUGAUCACAAACAGCUAUAUAAAUGCAGCCAGAAUGCAUCAAAGUCAGAAAAAAAAUUUCUCCCUCCAUUUAAAUCUGUUCCAAAUGUGGAAAAGACGACAGAUAUGGAGACUGUAAUUUGUCCAAUGGAAAAUGAAAGUGAAUCUAUUGCAAAAGCAAGUAACUACAGUGGACCUUUGCAAGAUGGUGGUCCAUUAAAUGAUUAUUUAACUUUAGGUGGACAUCAUGAAGACCAACUCCAGUCAGUAACUGGUACUUCAGAAGAACUUAAAGCCAACAAUGAAGGAUUUUCAAAGAUGAUUCAAAAUUGGCAUCAUGCUAGGAAUCUACAGGAAAUGCGAUUGAUGAAGAAAAAGAGGCAAACUGUUCAUCCACUACCAGGGAGCUUGUACAGAUCUAAAACUUGCUCUUCAAAACUCUCUCUACAUACAUCAGUUGAAGGAAAAGCUCCAACUCAUUUUACAAAAGAAAAGUUGUACAGUUACGGAGUCAACAGAAGUACUCUCUGUGUACGAGCAGAAAAUGCUGAAUCAUUCCAGAUCAACAGUCGAGAUUUUUUCUCUGAGGAAUUACUGAAUACUUGCAAUGGUCUGUGGCUUGCAGAUGGUGGUUGUCUUAUUCCAGAUGACAAUGGAAUGGCAGGAAAAUCUGAAUUUUACAGAGCUCUUUUAGAUACUCCCGGUGUAGAUUCCAACCUGAUCAGUGAAGAUUGGGCCUAUAACCAUUAUAGGUGGUUAGUGUGGAAAGUUGCUGCUAUGGAGAUUGCUUUCCCCAAACAGUUUGGUGGCAGGUGCCUGACACCUGAAAGAAUACUUCUGCAACUUAAAUAUAGAUACGAUGUGGAGAUCGAUCAAAGUCGGCGAUCUGCCUUAAAGAUAAUCAUGGAGCGGGAUGAUAUAUCAGCAAAAACGUUAGUGCUUUGCAUUUCUAAAAUAAUAUCACUGGGAUCAAGAUCAUCCCAAAAUAGCCAAAAUUUUGAGGAUGCAGUUAAAGAUAAUACAACUAUAAUUGAGAAACAUGCCAUAGGAUCAAAAAAGGAUAUGUCAUUUGCAAUUAUUGAAGUCACUGAUGGAUGGUAUGGAAUUAAGGCCCUUUUGGAUUCUCCACUCACCACUUUGUUACAAAAACGAAGACUUGUCAUUGGUCAAAAGAUUAUCGUGCAUGGAGCAGAAUUAAUAGGGUCACAGGAUCCUUGUUCACCUCUAGAAGCUCCGGAGUCCCUCAUGCUAAAGAUUUCAGCUAAUAGUACAAGACCUGCUCGAUGGUAUGCUAAGCUAGGAUUUCAUUGUGAUCCUCGACCUUUUCCGUUGCCACUAUCUUCUCUGUUUUGCGAAGGUGGAAUGAUUGGAUGUGUUGAUGUAAUUGUUCUAAGAAUUUACCCAAUACAGUGGAUGGAAAAAAGCAGCAGUGGGACAUGUGUCUUCCGGAAUGAACGGGCAGAAGAACGGGAAGCUCAGAUACACUAUGAAAAUCAGCAAAGAAAGCUGGAGAUGUUGUAUGCCAAAAUUGAAGCUGAGCUACAUAAUCAGAAUAGAGUUAGCGAGAAGGAAAAGAAGGAACACAAAGUGCAGUUGUUAAGUGAGCAACAAAUCAUGAUGCUUCAGGAUGGGAAAGAGUUGUAUGAAGCAGUCCUGAAUUCUUCAGAUCCGUUAUCUGCUGAGGCUUGUUUUAGUGAACAGCAGUUAAAAGCUCUGAAUAAUUACAGACAAGUGUUAAAAGAAAAACAACAGGUCCAGAUUGAGGCUCAGUUCAGAAAAGCAUUAGAGGAUGCUCACAAUAACGAUAGCUAUGUAAAAAGGAAUGUCGCCCCUUUGUGGAAAUUAUGCAUUGUGGACUACAAAAGCCACGAUAAUAAUGCUGUGUAUAUGUUAAAUAUCUGGCGCCCAACUGCUGAAUUACAUUCCCUACUAAAGGAGGGUGGAAGAUACUGGAUCUGUUAUCUAUCUGCUGCAUCAUGCAAGGGUCGGCAUAAUUAUGUUGAUCUGCAGUUGACUGCUACAAAGAAAACCAGGUACCAAAAGCUGCAGGCAUCUUCCAGUGUGUUAAAUCAACUUUAUCAACCUAGGCAAGUAGUCGCAUAUAGUAUGCUCUGUGAUCAGUUCUUUAGAGCUGUCUGCAAAGAGGUGGACCUGGCAGGAUAUGUGAUCUACAUUUUGGGGAAAACAGAUGGACCUUCAACUGUGUAUUUGGCUGAUGAAAAUCAGGAUCUAGUAGCUAUAAAAUUUUGGACCAGUUUUAAACAGCUGGCUGUGGAAGACAUUAUCAAGCCAAGUGCCCUGGUUGUUGCAAGCAACUUGAAGUGGACAUCAGAGAGUUCCAUGGGUAUUCCUGUGCUGUUAACUGGGGAUCUUUCCAACUUUUCUGCAAAUCCAAAGGAUGGACAUCUACGAGAAAAAUACAUUCAACUAAAAAGUUCUGUCCAGAAUAUACAGAGUUUUGUCAAGGAUACUGAAGAAAAGGUGAAGACUAUUCUUGGAACAAUUAGUACUCCAAGGUCGAACAAAAACUCUGAUGACAUACUUACUCCGAACAAUAAAAAAUCCAGUAUCACUUCAAUCAGUGGCACCUUGCUUGCUUCACCAAAUGCUAAAAGAAAGCCACCCACACUAUCAACUACAGAAAAUGGAUCCAAAUCUACAUUGUGCAGUCCAAAGAUUACGCCAGCUGAAUCCCUCACAGAGCUGAAGAAAAGAAAACUUAAGCUUUUGUCUCAAAUCCCUUCUCCUGUUCCAUUGCCUCACCUUUCCACUUGUGUUUCACCAUCUGUACAGAGAAAUUUUCGACCACCUCGGAGAUGUGUCACACCGCAAAACUCUGAAGAAGCAAUUCAAAUGGGAAAUAAUAAAUCUGUUCAUGUAUCAGCUUUGAAAAAGACUGAAAUUUCCAAAAUAGCUGAGGAUAAUUGGGUUACAGAUGAGGAACUUGCAAUGAUAGAUACACAAGCACUUAUCAAAGGUUGGGGAAAUGGAGUCAGUGAAAAUGACAAAGAAAAACCUACAAGGACACAAAUCACCAGUUCAAAAGACAAUACCACUUUAUCCAAAAAUGUUAAGAACUAUCUUGGGACUCAGCUUUCCAAAAUGGUAGAAGACAACUGGGUUACAGAUGAAGAACUUGCAAUGAUAAAUACACAGGCACUUUAUGAAGAGUGUUCUAAUGCCAGUGACAUGAAGGACAACAGAAAGGUUGAAAAGUCCCAUGUUGCCAAACUGACAGACGUUCCUUUCAUGCCACAAACUGCAAAUGAUUUUAAUAACGAAUUAGGGAAUAAAGUUGCAAAAUUGGUUGAAGAUAAUUGGGUUCCAGAUGAAGAGCUUGCAAUGAUAAAUACCCAAGUUCUUUAUGAGCACUGGGCAAGUGAGAGUAUUGAGAAAACAAAGGGAAAAAUAGAAAAUACACAAAUUGAGAGUUCUAAUGGUCAUGCCUUAAAACAAAAUCUUGAAUCUGAAUUUGAAACAGUGGGUGUUUCAGCAGAUAAGAGCUCACCUGUGGGAUCACAGUUCAAAAGAAGGCGUAAAGAUGAAGGUAGUACAAUAAUCCAAGUAAGGUUAUCAGCCAAAGAAAGAUGCCACACCAUCAAGAGCAACAGUAACAUUGACGUGUAGAAAGGAGAUGAUUUAUUUGACAACUAGAAUUAUUAUACAAAACUUUAAGUGAAAGUUGUAUCUUUUACACUGCACCCUGACGUGUAUUACUUGAAAGUGAUUAUUUCGCUGUCAAUUUGAUUGUUGCUGUUUGUAAUUAAUAUGUUUAGAUAUUUUGUAAACGUUAAGUUGUUAGUGUAAAAAUGUAUCAACCUUAAAUAAACUUUUGUUGUAUUUUAUAUGCUGCAGUUUUGUAAUUAAGCAGUCUUCUAUUGAGUUAAACAGAUGUUGAAUUCAAAUGUCUUAGCUAUAGGCCAUUACCGAUCCAGGUAAUAUUGCUACAUCCUACUAGUUGUAUUUUAAAGUAAGGGUGGACGUUAUCCAAGUUCCUCAUGUAGCUAUUGAAAACCCACUACAGAUGGUAGAUACUAAUUAUGUAUCCGUUCCAAUCAUAAUUAAAGUAAGCCCAGA